UUUUUUUAAAUUUUUCUCCCCGUCCCACUUCGGCGGGGGGGGGGGAGGGGAGGGAGGGGGUUGCGGGGGGGACGGACAACCCCCGUUGCCGGCUGGGGUUCAACCCCCGGCGCUCCUGGCUGUGUUUCGGCUCUCGCUUAAUAUUUAACGAUUAAUUAACCCUCCCCCCCGUAGAUCCACCGCUCCACCAGCUGCCAGGAGGAAAAUUAACCCUAUCCCAGUCCAAACCAGGACACCCCACACCAAGGGGAUGCCCCGUGGUGGGUCAAGACCCCCCCCUGGACCCUCCUCACCACCCCGUUGAUUAUUUUUUUAUUCCCCCCCAAAAUCCCUUUUUUUAGGGGGAAAUCCUAAAACCCCGGAGGAAAACGGGGCGGUGGCUUUUGAGGUCGUCCCCUUCUCUCCCAGUUUGGGCUGGGAGAGAGUUAAUUUUCUUCCCAGUGUUUCCGAGCUGGGAUGGCAGGAACGUCCGUAACGCAUAUUGGUUGGGGUUGUUGCUAGGCGAUGUUUAUAUUAUUUAAGCACCGACGGAACAACGGCCAAUGGAAUAUUCCGUACAAUAGAGGUCCCGCUCCGGAUAAAAACGGGGGAAAAUUGGGCAACUAAUUCCCCGGCUGGGUUGUCCCCAUGGAGGUGACGGCCAUGGAGGACGCUGCUGCGCCCCUCGUCCCGCUCCCCACAGCCGGCGCUGGGGACAGCGCGAAGAGGAACGGGGACAGCGCGGUGCCACCGGAUGUGGGAUCCAUCCAGGAGGAGGAGAAACGGCAGCAGGAUGCUCUUCAGCAGGAGGAGGAGGAACCGGUGGAACCCCCAACCUCCAGCCAGGAGCUGUCCCCAGGGUCUCAUCCCGGGGGAUCCCCACUCCCAGGGGACAAGGGGAGGGACGAGGCACCCAACACCUGCCGGGAAUGCGGGAAGAGCUUCCGUCAACGCUCAGCUUUGGUCAACCACCAUCGGAUCCACACGGGCGAACGCCCCUUCAGCUGCCAGGACUGUGGACGCCGCUUCAACCGUCGCUCCAACCUCACCACCCACCGCCGCAUCCAUACCGGUGAGACGCCAUUCCAGUGUCCGGAUUGCGGGAAGAGCUACCACGACAGCUCCAACCUCCGUCGCCAUCAGAAGACGCACACGGACGAACGCCCUUACCGCUGCGAGGAAUGCGGGAAGAGCUUCAAGAACAGGUCGACGUUGACCAUCCAUCACCGCGUGCAUUCGGGGGAGAAGCCCUACAAGUGCCCCGAGUGUAACAAGAGCUUCAAGAUCAGCGCGGAGCUGAUGCGUCACGGGCGGGUCCACAGCAGCGAGAGGCCCUUCAAGUGCUCCGAGUGUCACAAGAGCUUCAAGACCAGUCCAGAGCUGGUGCAGCACUGGAGGAGCCACACCGGCGAGAGACCCUACGAGUGUUCCGAGUGCCACAAGAGCUUCAAGACCACCUCGGCGCUGGUGCAGCAUCGCCGGACCCACACCAAUGAGUGACCCAACGAUUGCUCCCAACGUGGGCGGCGUUUUGCCGACAACGCGGCACCGAUGGACGCACGCCGUCAAGCACAAUCCCUACCCAACCCUUGGGAAGAGCUUCUCCAACCAUCCCAGGCUCAUCAAGCGCCCACGGAUGGAUGCCGGUGAGAAAGAUUAACGCUGCCCUGACUGCGGCAGAAGUUUCAACCAUUGCUCUACAUCACCAGUGGUCCCACCUGGAGCAGAAACCCUACAUUUGCCUGAUUUGCCCCAAAAACUUCACCUCCAGCACCCAACUCAUCCAGCGUCGGAGGAUCCAUCGUGAAGAGAAGCCAUAGGGUUGCGCCGAGCGCCAGAAGAGCUUUUGGCACAGCUCCGGUUGCGUCUCACGUCACAAAAGCCACCGGACGAAGAUGGGGACAACCCCACCGGGGACUAUCCCCAUCCUGGUGGCAUCUCAGACUGAUCUGCACAUGAUGGUGGUCCUUGGUGGUAACACCGAGGGGUGACCAACCCACCCACAGGCAUCCCACCAGCUAUUCUUUUUCUUUCCCGAUAUGUUUUUAUAUGGAAUGUGGGUUUUGGGGGACGAUCUUAUCAAAAGCCGGCCCCAUCCUCUGGUUUUCUUGCCUUAGAUUCGAGAUGAGGCGAAGGGAGGGAGGGGAGACCCAUGAGCUGCACCCAAGAUAAAAGAAAUGACGGUCAAAUAGGGUGUUUCUCGAUAUCUCCCUUCAAUUUCUUGAUGUUUUCAACCCUCUUUAGUGAUUUUUUAAGGGAUGGAGCUGGAU